AUGCAGGUCCGGGGAACGUCCGGGAGGAGGCGGCGCGGGCGCAGCGGAGGACACGCGGGGCGGAAGGACCCGCGCUAUCCUAGUUGUUCUCUUGGCUUUUGGGAAACCGAGGUCCUCUAUACGCGCCCUCUCCUCCCACCCUCCCAGCCCGCGCGCCUCAGGGCGCCUCGCCCGGCACACAUCCGAGACUCUGGCUGUCCCCCUAUGAAAUGGGAGGUUCCAGCGACCCUAUGGGCGGCAGUUCUUUGUAAAGAGGAGCCCGCCAGAGCGCAGAAAGUAAAAGGUGGUCGCCGUGAGCAGCGACGGUUCCAGUCUACACCGGGAUCGGCUCCCGCGGUCACACACGCCCGCGUUUGGGGCAUGAUGGCAGGACCGGGAGGGAGAGUGCAAAGCCCAAGAUGCCUACAGACAGAAGGCUGCCGCCUUUGGGGAGGCCCUGGAGUUUUCUAAUUAGAAAAAAUUGAGAGGAAGAGAGCACUCCUUAUAACAUUGCCUGUUGACGUUCCCCCACCCCAUGGCGCCAGACUGUUUAGAGGGGUAUUCGGGGCUGGGACAACACAGGUGAAGGACCUACUCCACCUCGAGAUGGUGAUCAGAUCUCCAUGAGCUCAUCAAGAUGUCCUGGGAAUAAAUAAGUGCUCAGUAAGGACUGGCUGAAUGAAAUAUAGAUCGACUGUGGGCGCCCGGCUGGCAUCUGAGCUAGGAUGGAAAUUCUACGAUGCGGAUGACUAUCACCCGGAGGAGAAUCGAACGAAGAUGGGCAAAGGGAUACCACUGAAUGACCAGGACAGGAUUCCAUGGCUCUGCAAACUGCAUGACAUUUUACUAAGAGAUGUAGCCUCAGGACAGUGUGUGGUUCUAGCCUGUUCAGCCCUGAAGAAAAUGUACAGAGACAUCUUACUACGUGGAAAAGAGGGUGCAGCUUGGAAGUGUGACGAGUCAGGAAAGGAAGAAGAGCCAGCUGAGGUGCGGCUCCUCGUGGUCCAUCUGAGCGGGUCCUUCGAGGUCAUCUCUGGACGUUUACUCAAAAGAAAAGGACAUUUUAUGCCCCCUGAGUUACUGCAGUCUCAGUUUGAGACUCUUGAGCCUCCAGCAGCUCCAGAAAACUUCAUCCAAAUCAGUGUGGAAAAAAAUCUUUCAGAGAUAAUUGCUACAAUUAUGGAAACCCUAGAGGCAAAAUGAGAAUCAUUUCAUACCAAUGAUCCAGAACACAAUUAGACAUGAAUCUAUCCCAUCACAAACCUUGUCUUACUCUUCUUGUUCAGACUGUGUUUUCAAACCGUAAGGUGAACAAACCACAGUGUGUCAAGAUACCCUUGUUGGGGUGUAUUUUUAGGAAUUCGAGAUAGGCUUAGCAUGAUUUGAUGGUAUGUUGGGAGGAGAAGAGGAGAUGGAACUUUAAAGUCAAGCUUAAACUAAAGUUUAAAUUUACCUGUGGCCCAAUUAGAAUCCUAAGGAAAUGCUGUAACUGAUGCUGGAGAGCAUUACCUUGUAUAGACCCUUCUCACUUACACUUUUACAUUUGUAGAAAAAAAUAAAACUUAGCUACUUCUGGCA